AUGGCCCUCGGAAGAAAAAGUUGGCCCAUCCCUGUCAUGAUUGUACUUUUUAUGGAAGUCGAGUUGGAAAAAACGAACGCCUACAGCAGCGUUACUGUCCAUUCCUCGUUGACCAUCACACAGCUGCUAUUAGCCGGCCUUGACGAAGAGGUGGACGAUCUUCAUUGGUUCAUUGGUCACUUGAAGAACAAAUCAGAAGAGAGAAUUCACGAUGGUGAUUUACUGUCGACCAAUCACGAUGAAGAUGCUACUACCAAUGUCACAGCAGCGAGCCAAAAGAAGAGAUUGCCCAGCCUAAUUCAGAGAGUUAGGAGUGUAGUUGAGGUCUUCCACGAAAUCAUCCAGAUAGCCUUUUCAUACGGAGCCAUAAUGAACCUUAUAACGAAAUCUUUAGUUAAAUUUUUCAAUUUUCUAACUUCCCUCGUGAAGUUGUACAUCCAGAACUACGGCAGCAGCAAUGGUGACGAUUACACUAUUGGCGGGAGAUUUGAAAAGCUCAUACAGCUGAUCGCCACUAAGCUAACUAAAUCUGUCUACCCUAUGAUAUCAUAUAUUGAGACAGUCGAGAAUGAGCAUUUGCAAGCAGCUAAUGAGAAGCAGAAGAAUAAGAAAAACAAAAAUGCCAAUGCUGUAGAUAAGAUAAAAAGCCUGAAAGAAACAAAAGCCAUCCCAAAUUUGAUAUAUAGUAUCGAACAGUUUGAGAAAUUUCUUAUCCAGCUGACUAAAAAAACCAAGAUCAACCUAAUGUGCCACUUCAAACUAAGCACGGCACGUGACUUCCGGAUAAAUUCAGCCUCCUUGCAAGCUGCUCUCGACGCGGAAGAGGAGGAGGAAGAAGAGGAAAGAGAUGGCGACGAAGAAAACAACGAUGCUGGUAACGAGAAUAUUGAAAAUGACAACGGUGGGAGCUCGGUUAACGAUGGUGAUUCUGUAAAUAAUAAUGGUAACUAUGGUGAUAAUAAUGGUGAUAAAUAUGGUAGAGGCGUGCCGUCUGCUGCUGCUGCUGCUGAUGAUGGUGGCGACGGUUGUAAGGAGACACAGCCGCCUUCGAAAAGAAUGAAGUUAAAAGAUGUCCUGCCGAUAAGUAACUCCAAAAAAUCUCUGAAGAGAAAAUAAUUGGUCGAUAUGUACGCGUGUGUGGUAACAAAUUGCAUUUUUUGUCUAAUUUUUUUGUUUUUAGUUUUUUACUUAAAUUCACAUUUAAUUUUUCAAUUAAAAGUGGACUGUUUUUCGGUAUUUGUACUAUAAAUUAAUGGUUGUACACUAAUCGUAAUCU